UAAAGGCACGUACAGUAUAAGUUUCAUGAUAAAUUGUCACGCCAAAUCGCUGACUAACCGCGUCCGCUUUAACAUUCUCGAAUAAAGGCAGACGUUACGUAUAUUCGCCAGUUCGACGGUAUAUGUUAAGAUUUUAACAAUGUCAGAUAUCUAAACAAUUUUGUGUAUACAUAAUUAGUCAUGACGUAUACAACAAGUUCAUUGCAACCAAUAAUAGAAAGUUUGAGUUUGAAUUUUGAAGCGAGAGAUAUUAGCAGAUAAAUAAGAAUAACCAUUUCACACGCCAUUGCAUAGAACCGUAGAACCAGUUGUCUUUGUAUAUAAGCCACUUUUGUUAAUACUAGGGUUUUUCGUCCCAUUCGAUGGUAAUCAAAGAACAUUUAAAGAACAAAAAACGUAGGCUAUCCUUACUAAAAAAACUAGGGUUGUGUACACAUCGGAAAUAAACUGUUUGUCAAACAGAGUGCAGUGAAAUACUGGUUGUACAUUAACCAGUACAUAGGGAUAUAGGGAUUUUAGUCAUUUUAUCUGGUUUGCAAGAAUCUAGGCGAAAGACAAUCCAAUAUGCCAGAUAUGAAGCAAUAUUUAGAAAGAAUUAAAUACACAAGCGAGGUCAAGAAUGAUGCCUCUACAUUAAGCAAGUUAUGUGAGCAUCACCGAGAGUUUAUACCAUUCGACAAUCUUGAUAUGUUUGGUGGGCAGAGAAAAUAUCUUGACUUUGACAAAGUUUACAAUGAUUUGGUCGUUAAGAAACGAGGGGGUUUCUGUUACGAACAAAACGGGUUGUUUAAAUGGGCGUUGGUCGAAUGUGGAUUUCAAGUAAGAAUGGUUCAGUGUCAAGUUUAUUUUAACGAAGAAAUUGGAUUCGGACCAAGAUUCGAUCAUUUGGCGUUGCUGGUAACAUGCGGAGAUGGGUCAAAAUGGCUGGCUGACGUUGGAUUCGGCGGUGGUAGUUUUACUACGCCGUUAAAACUUGAAACCGAGAUUGAGCAAACACAGAACAGCGGAAUUUAUAGAUUGCAAACAUUAAAUGAGAAUGAAUAUGUUUUGCAAAAACUUAAAAAGACGGUUAUACAACUGGACGGUACAACUAAAACUGCAAUAACCGGUAAAGAAUGGAAAACAGUAUUUAAGUUUGACAAUGUUUCAAGAAAAUGGGAAGAUUUUAAAGAAAUGUUCGAUUACCAACAAGAUAACGAAAACAGCUUUAUGAUAAGCAAUACGUUGUGUACGAGACAGAGUGAAUUUGGAUAUGUGGUUCUUUGGGGGUGGUUUGCUUUCGAGAAAACUUUUGUUGAUCCAGUGACAGAAAAGUUCAAAUGGAAAUAUACAGCAAAGAUCAAAAAGAACUAAAAGAAAUAUUAAAGAAACAUUUUCAAUUAGAAAUUGACUUUGAUGUAACACCGGUUGCAAAUUAUAAAGCUGAAAUUUAAAGCAUAUAGUAGGGUGGGGAAAACUUACGAUUCAAAUAUCCUGAUCGUGUUUUAAACAAUUAAUAACGGUCUAAGGGAAUUGUGAGGAUACGGUUUUAUUAUUCUUUGAAUGUUCUUUGUUUACUACCAAAUGGAACAGAAAAAAAAUGAUAUAUAAGUUGUUCCAUUUUCCCCCAUCCUACUAUGUAUCGAAUAUUUACACGAUCAAAGCUAAUGCAAUACAUUUACAAUAGG